UUAAAUACAAGGUUUAUGUUCUUAUAACCACUAUAAAUUUCAGUUAUAGGAAUUUCAGGUACUGGAGUUUUUUUGCGCUCUUUUCAGUUGAAAGAACUUCUUCAGCUAUUUCACAUGGUUGUGGAGUCUGUAACAAUGGAGAAGUACUCUAGUGGCAGGGAAAAUAUUGAACAACUCAUUGUUAAGCAAGGAGAGCCAACUCUAAUUCCUCCAGCAGAAGAGACCCCAAAAGGUCUCUAUUUUCUCUCUAAUCUGGAUCAAAACAUUGCGGUUAUGGUCGGAACCAUUUACUGCUUCAAGUCAGAUAAGAUUGGGAAUGAAGAAUCAGGAGAAGUGAUCAAGAAUGCAUUGAAAAAGGUUCUUGUUCAUUACUAUCCGCUCGCCGGAAGAUUAACAAUAAGCUCUGAGGGAAAACUUGUUGUAGACUGUAAUGGAGAAGGCGCUAUCUUUCUUGAGGCUGAAGCAAACUAUGAAAUGGACAAGAUUGGUGACAUAACCAAGCCAGACCCUAAGACUCUUGGGAAGCUGCUUUAUGAAGUUCCUGGUGCAAAAAAUAUACUAGAUAUGCCUCCUUUGGUUGCUCAGGUGACAAAAUUCAAAUGUGGGGGAUUUGUUCUUGGACUCAGAAUGAACCACUGUAUGUUUGAUGGCAUUGGUGCUAUGGAGUUUGUGAAUUCAUGGGGAGAAACGGCCAGAAACCUGCAGCUAACGAUUCCACCAUACCUUGACAGAAGCAUACUCAAGGCUCGGAACCCACCAAAGAUCGAUCAUAUCCACCAAGAAUUUGCAGAGAUUGAGGACAAAUCAAACAUUAGUGAACUCUACACUGAUGAAAAUAUUUACAGGUCCUUCUGUUUCGAUCCCGAAAAGCUUGGAGAAGUCAAGGCUAGAGCUAUCCAACAUAAGUAUAUUGACAAGUGCACCACAUUUGAAGCCCUCUCAGCAUUCGUGUGGAGGGCUCGAACCAAGGCACUAAAUAUGCAGCCUGAACAAGAAACAAAGCUCCUAUUUGCUGUUGAUGGAAGGCCUAAGUUCAAUUCACCACUCCCAAAAGGAUACUUUGGAAACGGAAUUGUAUUGACAAAUUCUAUAUGCAAAGCAGGGGAACUACUCGAGAAGCCUCUAGCGUUCGCAGUAGGGCUAGUUCAGGAUGCAGUCAAGAUGGUUACAGAUAGUUACAUGAGAUCAGCCAUAGACUACUUUGAAGUAACAAGAGCUAGGCCAUCUUUAUCUUGCACUCUUUUAGUGACAACUUGGUCUAGGCUACCUUUCCAUACUACGGACUUUGGAUGGGGUGAGCCUGUGCUCUCAGGGCCAGUGGCAUUGCCAGAGAAGGAAGUCAUCUUGUUCUUAUCACAUGGAAAAGAGAGAAGGAGCAUAAAUGUGCUUCUGGGUUUGCCAGCUUCUGCCAUGAAAACCUUCCAAGAACUCAUGGAGGAAUAAAAACACACAGAACAAACAUCCUUAUGCUUCAAUGAUUUUCAAUGUAUUUUGUUGUUGUUCUUUAACAGUGUUUGUCAUGGAACUGAAAGCUUCUCAAAUUUAAAUACUUUAGAGUUUAAAUUGAUUAAGACAAGUGAAAUAUGUGUUGUCAAGGUUAAUAUGUAUCUACCAUCUCAAAUAUUACAAUAUUACAUUUGAUAAUUUCAAAUGCUAAAAAGAAGCACCAGUUUACUAUC